AAAGCAAAAAGAACCCAAGUGGAACAGCUUGUAGCCUUCACCACAACUGUUUAAAGCAGAAAAAAAAUACAGUGAAGAAAACCUGCCUGAGGAAAGCGCUGUUCUCAGAGAGCCCAGACAGGAGGGGACCACUGCGGCUGCGGGAGCAGCUGGGGAGAGGACACAGAAAGUGAUUAUUCCAGAUAAGCAGAGAUGGAUACGAUAUUUGGUAGAAAUAAAGAAGAACAUCCAGAGCCCAUAAAAGCUGAGGUGAAAGGUCAGUUGCCCACUUGGUUGCAAGGGAUACUCCUCCGAAACGGCCCAGGGAUGCACACCAUAGGAGACACUAAGUACAACCACUGGUUUGAUGGCUUGGCUCUGCUGCACACCUUUACAAUUAAAAAUGGUGAAGUUUACUACAGGAGUAAGUAUCUCCGGAGCGACACGUACAACUACAAUAUAGAAGCAAACCGAAUCGUGGUGUCUGAGUUUGGAACUAUGGCUUAUCCAGAUCCAUGCAAAAACAUAUUUGCCAAGGCAUUCUCAUAUCUGUCCCACACCAUUCCUGAGUUCACAGACAACUGCCUGAUCAACAUUAUGAAAACUGGGGAUGAUUUUUAUGCUACCAGUGAGACUAACUUCAUCAGGAAAAUUAAUCCGCAGACUCUGGAGACAUUAGAGAAGGUUGACUACAGCAAAUACGUAGCUGUAAAUCUGGCAACGUCUCACCCACACUAUGACAGUGCUGGAAAUGUUCUCAACAUGGGUACUUCAAUAGUUGAUAAAGGGAAGACAAAAUACAUUCUAUUUAAGAUACCUCCCUCUGUGCCAGAAAAAGAGAAGAAGCAAUCUUAUUUUAAAAAUCUGGAAGUGAUGUGCUCCAUCCCUUCUCGCUCCUUGCUCCACCCAAGCUACUACCAUAGCUUUGGAAUCACAGAAAAUUACAUUAUCUUCAUAGAGCAGCCAUUCAAACUGGAUAUUGUCAAAAUGGCAACUGCCUACAUUCGAGGUGUGAACUGGGCUUCCUGCCUUGCCUAUCACAAGGAAGAGAAGACUUGGUUUCACUUUGUAGACAAGAAGACUAAAAAAGAAAUAUCCACCAAGUUCCACACUGAUGCUAUGGUGCUUUUUCACCAUAUAAAUGCUUAUGAAGAGGAUGGCCACAUUAUUUUUGAUAUUAUUGCUUAUACAGACAACAGCCUAUACGAUAUGUUCUAUUUAAAAAACCUGACUAAGGACUUUGAAGAGAAAAACAAGCUUACCUCUGUACCAACCAGCAAGCGAUUUGUUGUUCCUCUGCAGUAUGACAAGGACGCCGAGGUAGGUUCUAAUUUAGUCACACUUCCAUCUACUGCAACUGCUGUAAAAGAGAAAGAUGGCAGCAUCUAUUGCCAGCCUGAAAUACUAUGUGAAGGGAUAGAACUGCCUCGCAUCAACUACAACUAUAACAGCAAAAAAUACAAGUACGUCUUUGCAACGCAAGUGCAGUGGACUCCAGUUCCUACAAAGGUUGUAAAAUUUAACGUCCAGACAAAGGAAAUGCUCCACUGGGGAGAGGACCACUGCUGGCCAUCUGAGCCCAUUUUUGUUCCCAGCCCUGAUGCAAGAGAAGAGGAUGAUGGCAUUGUUUUGACCUGCGUUGUGGUGUCUGAGCCAAACAAAGCACCCUUCCUACUGGUCUUGGAUGCUAAAACGUUCCAAGAAUUGGGCCGAGCCACAGUAGAUGUAGAAAUGCAUCUGGACCUGCAUGGAAUGUUUAUACCAGAGAAGGAUUUGAAGACUGAGACUGAGUAGGAAACAGAACAAAAUAAUUGUCAUUUACUGCCUCUGCAUCACGUGAGAAUCUGGGCUUUGGUGGCUUGUUCGUGGUUCCGUAAGAUGUUUACGGCAGAGCAGGAACUGAACCAACAGCAUCCCCAGGUCUUGUUUGCUCUGUAGCAGCUAUACCUCCCUUUCUCUGCUUAAGUCUUUGCAGUUUGUAAGUAUUAAGAAUAUCCAGACUAUUUUUAAUGUGGAAAAAAAAGUCACUGUGGUCAGAUCUAGAGUUAAAAUAUGCAGAUUCAGCCAUUCAAAUGUUUAUAUAUUCCAUAAAAUGGAAAUAAACACUUCAGUAAGGCGUGUCUGCAGAAAUAGUCACCUUUGGUGUUUUUAAGGCAUAUUACCACUACUGUUUAAGAGAGCUUUAUCUGCUAAAGAAGAAAUUUAAUUACAUUUUUGUAAGUAAUAUGGGAGCAGAACUGGAAUGGAAAACUGACUUCUGAUGUUGAGAAAGGACACCAGUUGUGGGAUUGUUUCUUUUAAUCUGAAAAAGUUUAGAUUUAACAAGUUUCCACAAAUAUUUCUGGAAUUAUAAGGUGGUAACGAAUCCAAACUCUAACCAUUAUUAUAGAUCUUUUUUUUUUUUUUAAGAGUUUGUCUCCAGAAUUUCUUCUGUAGAACUCAUAGUAUUAUGUUUUCAGAUGAUCAUGAGUUUAGAUACAGGAGUUACUUGACUUCUGAAGAGCUAAUUCUUACUGGCAGAGAUGACACAAUAGGGGAAUAUCAAUCAUGAAAACAGAUCAGAUUUGUUGUCUACAGUCUAAGAAAGCAAAUGUGUUCUUUGUGUAGAAAUACUGCAGAAAAUAAAUUACAAGAACUUGUA